GCAAUAAUGAACUUCACAUUGACCUGAGAGACUUUGACAACAGCCAUCAUUUUGCCUAAUACACAUCAUUCAACAUUUUAGGGGAGACUGAAAAUUAUAAACUGAUCCUCGGAGACUUCAGUGGUGGCAAUGCAGAGGAUUCAUUGGUCAAACACAAAAACAUGCCAUUUUCGACCAAAGACUGUGAUAACAAUGCAUACUCUAAUAACUGUAUUGUAACCUACAAAGGUGCAUGGUGGUACCACCAGUGCCACAACUCCAGCCUCAAUGGUUUUUACCACCAUGGAGCUCAUUACAGUUUUGCAGAUGGCAUCAACUGGCAGACAGGCAAAGGAUGCAAAUACUCCUACCAGCUGUUGGAGAUGAAAUUCAGGCUAACAUAG